UUUGGAUAUGGUGAUUGACCAUGACGUCGAAACACGAACAACACUUUUGAAUUAUGUUGGACGGUUGAAUAUUGUUGUUGGGGAUUUUUCUUAUCAGGUAAUUAAGUUGACCACCUUAGUGAUGAUAGUUGAAGUACAUUAAGAUUGUUGAUGGUUGCUGCAAUUCGUGUGCUUAAUCUAACUUCAACUCAAAAACAAAUCCUCAACAUCUUCCCAUCAACUAUAAUACAAUAUGAUCUCCAUGAACGACUUGCCUCCUAACUAACCAACAUUUCAUGCAUAUAACAAAAGUUGUGUGCAUCAUGUCUCACCUAAUACAAACUUGUCACGCCACAACGUCAUAGACAUGCUUGGAAGAUUAUAUGUAUAUAUAUACGACUGAUUCUGUUUUCUCUAGGUACAAGAAAUUACAUGCAUCUGAUAUAUAUCACCACCUAAGAAGAAAUAUGGGAGAAGAAGGUAUUUGGAAAGAUGUUACAAAGCAAGGGAUCAACCCUGGGAAGGCUACCAUAUUAGCUCUUGGCAAGGCUUUCCCUCCUCAGCUUGUCAUGCAAGAAUAUUUAGUUGAUGGAUAUUUCAGAAGCACAAACUGUGACAAUCCUGAGCUUAAGCAGAAGCUCACUAGACUUUGCAAAACAACGACAGUGAAAACAAGGUACGUGGUUAUGUCGGAGGAAAUACUGAUGAAGUAUCCAGAACUUGUUUCUGAAGGGAUCCCCACAGUGAAGCAGCGGCUAGAGAUAUGUAACGAGGCAGUGACAGAAAUGGCCAUUGAGGCUUCACAAGCUUGCAUGAAGAACUGGGGUGGAUCAUUAUCAGAGAUAACACACUUGGUUUAUGUGUCAUCAAGUGAGGCAAGACUACCAGGUGGUGACCUUUACCUGGCGAAAGGACUAGGACUCAGCCCUGAUACUCAACGAAUCAUGCUCUAUUUUGCUGGUUGUUCAGGAGGUGUGGCUGGUCUUCGUGUUGCAAAAGACAUAGCUGAGAACAACCCUGGAAGUAGGGUGCUGCUUGCUACCUCGGAAACUACGAUUAUUGGGUUCAAGCCACCAAGUGCAGAUAGACCCUAUGAUCUUGUGGGGGUGGCACUCUUUGGGGAUGGUGCUGCUGCCAUGAUAAUUGGCACGGACCCAAUAUUGGAGUAUGAGAAGCCUCUCUUUGAGCUUCACACUGCGGUUCAGGAGUUUUUGCCACACACUGAGAAGAAAAUUGAUGGGAGGCUGACAGAAGAGGGGAUAAGCUUCAAGCUUGCAAGGGAACUUCCUCAGAUAAUUGAAGACUCUGUUGAAGGAUUCUGUGACAAAUUGAUGAGUGUUGUUGGAUUCAAGAAUAAGGAGUACAACGAGCUAUUUUGGGCUGUUCAUCCAGGGGGACCAGCCAUAUUGAAUCGCAUUGAGAAAAGACUUGAUUUGUUACCAGAGAAGCUAAGUGCGAGUAGAAGGGCUCUCAUGGACUAUGGCAAUGCUAGCAGUAAUACCAUUGUGUAUGUGCUGGAGUAUAUGAUAGAGGAGGGUCUCAAAACUAGAAAAGAUGGUGGAGGAGAUCAUGAAUGGGGUUUGAUACUUGCAUUUGGACCUGGAAUUACAUUUGAGGGAAUUCUUGCUAGGAACUUGUGUGCUUUAAAAGUCACAUAAGUGCGACCAAUGCUUACUGUUAUUAUUAUCACAGGUACUUGUGUGAGACAUGACUCAAUCAAAGUGGAAAACUUCAAUAAUGAAUCACAUAUUUAUCAGAACAUCUUUACUUUGUAUAAGUCCAGUGAUUGAAAAAAUAUCGGAAUGCUACAUAAUAACUUCAGAGGGGCCGUUAGAGAAAUAGAUUAGGUGUUUCUUUCAGAAAAUGGCAAAUUUCUGCUAAAUUAGUUUAGUUUGCACAGAUGGUUUCCCUUCUACAUAGAAAAGCGUGUGGUAAAAUGUUGUAGGAAGAACUUAAGUCGAAAAACUCUUUUCGUAGAGUCAUGAUUUCCGAAAAUUGAUUUUUAUGGUGCAUUGCGAAACCACACAUAGGAUAAAUACCGUAGUACUUAGACUUUGUGUGAAGCACUUUCAACUAUAAAUGACUUUGUGUA